AUGGCCGCCAUCCUAACAAGCACUCUGCUCAUUUGGAGCUACGGAAUUGGUGUUUUCUUAAUCGAACCGAACUCGAGGUCUCCUCCGGUUUUCGAUCAUUUCAUCAAGAAAUUCGAGGCAACGCAUGCAGUGUCGAUUCUCCUCCAGAUAAAGCCUCUUCUUAAAUAUUCUGUUCCUAUUCGAGAUCGCUUUACCCUAACCGCCACAAAUAUCACAGGGCUGCAUCGUGUCACCCUUCGUUACGGUUAUGGGGAUACCCUCUCUUGGGACUCCUUUGAAGAAACGUUGAUCGAUGAGCUUGGGCUCAACCAUCCCAACGAAGACCCCGAGUCAGAGGGUUAUACGGCCACUGACACCAGUUCAAUCCCGCUCGCGCGGCCAAGUCAGUUCGCAUCCCCGAAGCCAAUCACUUACAUUGUCGGAAAGGAUAAGUUAUAUGUCAAGAAAGACUCCGGCUUCGUUCGAAGAAUAUUCCUCAGUGUCUUUAUCUAUCUGAAGGGCCAUGAGAAGACGAAGCUCUCUCGUUUAAAAGUUCCGGUUGACAGGCUGGUCGAGGUUGGAUUUUCCAAGGCGAUAUAA